AGAUGAGAUCGCGUAAUUUCGAUAGAGUAGAAAAGCUUUUCCAGAAAUGUUUGAUCAAAGUUCUCAAUAUUGAUCUUUGGAGGUGUUAUUUAAGUUAUAUUAAAGAAACAAAGAUCUCAUUAGCAAACUUCCGCGAGAAGAUGGCUCAGGCGUACGACUUUGCGUUGGAGAAGAUAGGUAUUGACAUCCAGUCGUAUCCUAUUUGGAAUGAUUACGUCCAGUUCCUCAAGAAUGUCGAAGCGAUCGGCAGUUAUGCGGAGAACCAAAAGAUUACUGCCGUUAGAAGAAUAUAUCAAAAAGGAGUCGUGAAUCCCAUGACCAGCAUUGAGGCCUUUUGGAAGGAUUAUAUCACUUACGAACAGAACAUUAACCAAAUGAUAGCCGAGAAGAUGAUUGCCGACCGUUCGAAGGACUACAUGAAUGCCAGACGUGUUGCCAAAGAGUUCGAAGCCGUCACUCGAGGGCUCAAUAGGAACGCACCGGCAGUUCCGCCGCAAACCACUGCCGAUGAAGUAAAACAAGUGGAGCUCUGGAGGAAAUACAUCCAAUGGGAGAAAAGUAAUCCUUUGAAAACUGAAGACAUUUCUCUAGUCAUUAAAAGAGUUGUAUUCGCCUACGAGCAGUGUAUUCUAUGUCUGGGCCAUCACCCGGAUGUGUGGUAUGAAUACGCCUCGUAUUUGGAUGAGAAGAGCAAAUGGAUGGGAGAGAAGGGAGAUAUGAAUCAACAAAAGACAUUACAGGACGACGUGUCCACCAUCUACGACAGGGCCACCUCAUCACUACUGUCCACUAAUGUCUUACUCAACUUCGCGUACGCAGACUUUGAAGAGUCGCGAAAUCGAAAGGAAGAGUCGAUUAAAAUAUACGAAAAACUACUGAAUAUUCAAACGCCGGGAUUUGAUCCAACAUUAUCUUACAUUCAAUACAUGAAGUUUAGGCGACGCACUGAAAGCAUCGCAACCGCCAGAAGUGUGUUUAAGAGAGCGCGUGAAGACGCGAGAUGUGGGCACGAGAUCUAUACGGCCGCCGCUCUCAUGGAGUACUACUGCAACAAAGACGCAAACGUCACUUCAAAGAUAUUCGAGUUGGGACUCAAGAAGUUUGGACACUCACCUGAUUUCAUACUUUCAUACAUCGAUUAUUUAAGUCAUUUGAAUGAAGAGAAUAACAUUAGAGUACUAUUCGAAAGAGUUCUCACCACUGGAGCACUUCCACCGGAAAAGUCAUUGUAAGUCAUUGCCUACACUUCCCAGCGUUUGUAUUCUUAU